AAAAUAAGGCUAUAGACCUUAUUUGUAAAAUUAGACGGAUAGCUGAUUAUUCAGUUGACCAGACAUCAUAGUAUUAGUAACACCGAAACUAACGGUUACGGGAUCCGACCUCGAUUUCUGCAAACUGAAGAUCUAAUUUAUGCUUUUCCACUGCACCAGAAAACCCUAGAAACGAACAAGAAAAAGAUCCAAUUUUUGCUUCAAAUUAUCUACAAAAUAGGAACGAAAACCCUAGAAAGAAGAUCAAAAGAUGUAAUUUUUACCUCGAAAAAUUCUUACUGCCUUCAAAAUCACCAUCUUGUUUUGAUAAUUUGUUGCGAUUGAGAAGGCAUUUCAUGGAAAUUCUUCUCAAUUUCUGAUUCCUAAAUCUUGGAAAUGAGAAGUUUCUUCCUUAUCAUAUUCUUUUUAGCAAUCGUGUUUAUAGCUGUUGUAUAUGGAGCUCCAACAAAUUCUGAAGGAUCCGAUCCGGAAGUUGAGGCCACACCUAGCUCAGAAGUUCCUGCUUCAAGUUCUCUAUUGCCUCUCAAACCUAAGAGUGACACAGCAAUUGUAGCUGCUCCAGAUGGCACAGUACACCUACUGGAUCUAAAAUCAGGAGAAGAUAUCUGGGCAUUUAGGUCAGGGGCAUCCAUUUAUUCUUCAUAUCAGGCUCUCUCUGAUUAUCAAGGUGAUAGUAAUAAUGCUACCAUUGAGGAUGAUAACUUCUAUAUAGAUUGUGGAGAAGAUUGGAAAUUAUACAUGCAUGGGAAUGGCUUUGAAAAAGUGGAGCUGCCAUUCAGUGUGGAAGAAUUUCUAAAACAAACUCCAUAUGUCUCAGCUGGUGGAAUCAUGUUAGGAUCAAAGAAGACCACUGUAUUCAUUGUUGAUGCUAACACCGGGAAACUAAUCCAGUCAUUUAGAUCGGAUGUGUUUCCUUUAGAAGGUGAUACAGAUGUUGGACAAAAUCCAAUUGUACCAAGGGAGGAUGUUGAAGGAUGGGCAGAAGCGCAAGAUACAGACUCAGAAGCUGUUAAUCCACUCUACAUUAUGAGAACCGAUUAUGCUCUGAAAUAUACUUCUUCGAAGACUGGAAAGGUUUUAUGGUACUUAAUGUUUGCUGAUUUUGAGGCUUCACAGCAAUGUAAACGAAUUGAGAGUUUUCUUGGUUAUCCUUCUGACCAAGAGGAUCAAUUGAAUUCUGAAUGUGGAGUUUGUCCUACAAAGCCAGCUGUUCACCGAGUCCGGAAUCUUAGAUCAUUAGAAUCACUUUUUGCAUCUGGUAGGCCACAGAAUGCUCUUUCUGGAGAUGUGGCGCUUUCUACUUAUAUCAAUCCUGCAUUAAAACCAGUUACUGAGUUGGUGGAAUUACCUCCAAACAAAAGAUCUGCUAUAAUCCAUUCUCCUCCAUCUAUGACUAAAGAAUUUGGGCUCAUGCGUCUGCCUAGUGGAGAUAAUGGUCAUAUAAAUAAAGUCACGAACUCUGAUGCUUUAGUACACUCCUAUAGCUGGAAUUCUGUUGUACUAAAUACAUUCAUGCUGCUCAUUGCAGCUUUCUCUUUUACUUAUACUGUGCUGUGGAAAAGGUGGAAGUCGCACAAGCAGGCUACAGAUCCCAAAUUGCAAGCUGUAACCUCAAAAAAGAAGAAAUCUCGAAAGUCAGGUUUCAGUAAGAGCAGUACCCGUAAUGAGAAGAAUAAGAAUAAUAGUCAUAAUGAUGACACUGAAGUAAGUGGUGUCGUUGCUGACAUUGGAAAGAGUGGGAAGGUUUUGGAGCUGAAUUUAUGCAAGUAUGAUAGUCUUGUAUAUCAUCGGAAGAUUGGUAAGUUAUUGGUUUCUAACACUGAAAUAGCUAAGGGGAGCAAUGGCACUAUCGUACUCGAGGGAAUCUAUGAUGGUCGUCCUGUAGCUGUUAAACGCCUCAUCCAGACUCAUCACGAAGUGGCUUUGAAAGAAAUUCAAAAUCUUAUUGCCUCUGACCAACACCCAAAUAUUGUUCGUUGGUAUGGAGUGGAGUAUGAUCAGGAUUUUGUUUACCUGGCUCUUGAGCGUUGCACUUGUAGCUUAUAUGAGUUUAUAUCAUCAGUCUCCAGCUCCUACCAAAAGCAAUUUUCUGGAAAUGACCAGGAUGCCGGUUGUUUAAGUGACUGCACUGUAAAAGUUCAGUGGAAAUGUGGAGACAAGGAUGACUUCCUGUUAUGGAAGCCCAGUGGAUAUCCUUCAGCUCACUUGUUAAAAUUGAUGAGAGAUAUGGUUCUUGGCCUUGCUCAUUUGCAUGAACUGGGAAUUGUACACCGUGACUUGAAGCCUCAGAAUAUUCUUAUAGUAAAAGAGAGAUCUAUAAGUGCAAAGCUUUCAGAUAUGGGCAUCAGCAAGCACCUUGCAGGGGACAUGUCUUCGUUAACCAAAAAUUCCACUGGCUCUGGGAGUUCAGGUUGGCAAGCACCUGAGCAACUUCGUCAUGAACGGCAGACACGUGCUGUGGAUUUAUUCAGUUUAGGUUGUGUACUCUUUUUCUGCAUAACCGGGGGAAAACAUCCAUACGGAGAUAGUUUUGAACGUGAUGUAAAUAUAGUUAACAAUCAAAAAGAUUUAUUCCUUAUAGAGAAUAUUCCAGAGGCAGCAGAUCUCAUCAGUGCACUCCUACAUCCAUAUCCAGAGCUAAGGCCAAAGGCAGUGGAGAUAUUGCAUCAUCCUUUCUUUUGGAAUUCCGAGAUACGGCUCUCAUUCCUCCGGGACGCCAGUGAUAGAGUAGAAUUAGAGGAUAGGGAGGAUGGAUCUGAACUUUUGGGAGCACUGGAAAGUGUUAAGACCGUGGCAUUGGGUGGUCUGUGGAAUGAUAAAAUGGACAGUGCAUUUAUCAAUGACAUUGGUCGCUACAGGCGUUACAAAUAUGAUAGUGUCCGCGAUUUGUUGCGUGUUAUCAGAAAUAAGUUAAACCAUUACAGAGAGCUUUCAAAGGAAAUACAGGGAAUUCUUGGACAGGUUCCUGAAGGAUUUGAGAGUUAUUUCUCCACCAGGUUUCCUAGACUUUUAAUUGAGGUCUACAAAGUAUUCCAUACAUAUUGUUUAGAUGAAGAUAUCUUUAAAAAAUACUUCAAAGGCAAUCAAAUUUAGCUCAAUACUAGCAACAUUUUAAACCUUUGUACAUAUUGUAAUUUGUAUAUCUAUAAUCAUGAAUGAUUGACAAAACAGUUGUUGUAAAUGCUGACCUUUUCAACUACAGCUGAUCAUGUUCUUUCUA